GACCUUGAAAUUUUUUGGGACUCGCCUUCUUUCUAAAACUCAUGUUUUGUUUUGUUUUGAUUUUCAUUUGCAUGUCUUUGUUUUCAUCGCUUUCUUCGUAACAUAAACAAACCGGUGUUAGUGUCACAAUAAUAAUUCUUCUGGAUUUAGUCCAUAAUUUAGGAAGUCAUGUAUCUCAAAGAUUUCUGAACUGUAAUAUUCUACAAAAUCAGAACAUUUUAUUAUCAAAAUGGACGCACAAAUAAAACGCGCCCGAUACCUUUCCUCGAAAGAGUUCAGCGUUCUCUUCGCCCAAACAGUGCACAUCUUCCCGAGCAUCUGGAACCGGAGCCUGCGCGAGAACCGGAGCCUAAUAGUGGUUAAUGUAGCCUGGGAGAAGAUUGCUAGUAUUCUUGGCAACGGGUUAACGGCCAAGCAAUGCCAGCAAAAGUGGCGUACGAUGCGGAACAACUACACGGCCCAGCUCCGAAAGGCGGCCCGAAACGGGACAGACCUCGUGUUCCUUAACGGCGCCAUGGACUUUGUCCGUCCGUAUACGAUUUCCGGCCUAGCUUAUCCUGCUGGCAACGGUAACGAUUCCAGCAGCGACUGCGAAGUGGUCGAAGAGGAGGAGGAGACGGUGGUUAGUUCCGAUGUCAAUAAACUUGUGGAACUACCGGAAGUAACGACAACGACGACGAGUGGUGACGGCAAAGAUCCGCUUGGUAACGACUAUGACGAUGCUCCGGCAGCUUGUCAGCACAUCCAGAUAGACAGCUCCGACGGAGAUGCUCUGUUUCUGCUGAGCGUGCUGCCAGAAAUGGAAGCGAUGAACGAGGAACAGAAGCGAGCCUUUAAGAACACCGUGCAGGCAUUAGUCAAGCAGUUUCUUGAUUGAUAGGUUAUCAGAAGAGUUUAGAGUAAAAGGUGACAAAUAAAAGACUCAAUAUGUUAAGUAAAUUUAAGUUAUUUAAUUCUUAAAAAAAAAAAGAGAAUAAAACCCAACGGGAAUUUGUUUGAUCUG